AUUGAAAUUGCAGAUAAUUCUGGGAUACGCUUCCUUCUGCCACGUUGGUUUGGUAUGCAGACUGACGUGUAGACAUACAAGUGUUUUAUUAGUACGUGUUCAGAUAGAAUCUUUUUGUAUAUUAUGUUACGGAUGAAUAUUUAAUCUCACAAAUAUCGUCGUAGAAGUCACCAAAGUUGAACAGAAACAGAGUAGCACUAAAACUUUGAGAGAUGAGGGUGAAAGAGAUAGAGAGGACAGCCAAUGUGGCCUGGUCCCCAGCUCAGCAAUAUCCAAUCUACAUGGUGGCUGGAACCGCAGCGCAGCAACUGGACGCAACAUUUAGCACAUCUGCAGCUCUUGAGGUCUACCAUCUGAAUCUAGCAGAUCCUUCUUUAGACAUGCCAUUGGUUGCAUCAGUACCAUCUGAGUGCAGGUUUCAUAAAGUAGUAUGGGGUUCACAUGGUAUGACCAGUACUAAUAUGUCAUCAGGAGUUGUGGUGGCGGGAGCUGACAAUGGAAGUAUGUACUACUAUGAUGCUGCUGGUAUGAUCAAGGGAGAUGAAGACUGUCUAAUGUUUAAGAAAAACAAGCAUGUUGGAGCUGUCAAGGCUUUAGAUUUUAACCCUUUUCAGACAAAUUUACUGGCCUCUGGGGCUUCAGAAUCAGAGAUUUAUAUUUGGGACUUGAAUAAACCAGAUAAUCCCAUGACACCAGGGGCCAAAUCUCAGCCCCCAGAAGAGGUUGCCUGUGUAGCAUGGAACAAGCAAGUGCAGCAUAUCUUGGGCUCUACAUUUGCUGCUAGAUGUGUUGUGUGGGAUUUAAGAAAGAAUGAACCUAUAAUCAAGAUCAGCGAUAGCAUGUCACGGAUAAAAGCCAAAAUUGUGAGCUGGCACCCUGAUGUAGCCACACAGUUGUGUUUGUCGUCGGAGGAUGAUCAUACUCCAGUGAUCCAGCUGUGGGACCUUCGUUAUGCCACCUCACCUGUCAAACAGCUGGAGAAUCACACCAGAGGUGUGCUAGAUAUAGCAUGGUGUCCACAAGAUCCAGACUUAUUAUUGAGCUGUGGAAAAGAUAAUAGAAUUCUGUGCUGGAACCCCAACAGUAAUGUCCAAGGAGGAGAGGUUGUAUAUGAGUUACCUACAAGCAAUCAGUGGUGCUUUGAUGUGAAGUGGUGUCCUCGGAAUCCAGCUGUUAUUUCUAGUUCUUCAUUUGAUGGUCAUGUUACAGUGUAUUCUCUGAUGGGAGGAGGGCAUCCAAUCCAUCACAGUGACAAGGUUGCUGAUGCAUUUCAAUCGAAUGAUCCAUUUGCACAAACCAGUCCACCAUCUCAGACUACGCAAAAUGUAAUGCCUCUUCAGAAACCACCCAAGUGGUUAAGAAAGCCUGUGGGAGCCAACUUCGGGUUUGGUGGUCGACUUGUUAGCUUUGACACAGAAAAAUCUCAGAAUCCCCAGCAGCCCGCCCCAAAGAUGGUGUACAUCAGUCAAGUAGUCACGGAGACGGACCUGCUACAGAGGUCCCUUCAAUUAGAGCAGGCUCUGGAAAACGGCCAGUAUGUGGAAUAUUGUGCCAUGAAAUCGGCCAACUGCACAGAUCCUCUACAGGAAAAUAUAUGGAACUUCCUUAGAGUCAAUUUUGAAAAGGAGCCAAGAGAACAUUUUAUUCAGCUCUUAGGAUACGAUAAAACAGAUCUGGCUAAAAAGGUUUCUGAACAUGUUGGCAUGGGGCAGGACAGUGGAGUGGAUGCAAAGAUUCUUGCACAGAAAAUGUCACAGCUUAGUCCUGAGGACUUGCAGCAAUCUGGGCGCCAAGCUUCUGUCCAGGGUUCUCCAGUGGUGGGAUCCAAGACGCCAUUGAGUCAAGAUGAAGCUGCUUCAGCUUUUGAUGAGAUUGGGUUGUCACAGAGUAGUAAAUCUGAGGAUUUGGACCAAGAGUCACUUAAACCAUUGCUUAUACCCACAGAUCAAGAUGCAGAUGGACUUUUAAGUCAGGCCUUGUUGACUGGAAACUUUGAAGCUGCUGUUGAGAUAUGUCUUUGUGAAAACAAAAUGGCAGAAGCUAUUAUCCUAGCCAUAGCUGGAGGGCCGGACCUUCUCAGUCGCACACAGAAGAGAUUCUUCCAGCAGAGCAAGUGCAGCAUAGGAAGACUAAUAUCCUCGGUGGUCACCCAUGACUGGUCACACAUUGUGGAAACCUGUGAUCUGUCUAACUGGAAGGAAGCUUUAGCUUUAAUCUUAACUUAUGCUUCUCCUGAUGAGUUCUCUACACUGUGUGACAGCUUGGCUAAUCGACUGGAAUCUGAGAGUGCAGAUGACCUGAGUGUGUAUGCCAGUUUGUGUUACAUUUGUUCUGGAAAUGUGGAAAAACUCUUACAAAACUGGUACGCUAACACAGAAGGAAAUAACACACCACUUGGUUUACAGGACAUGGUAGAGAAAGUAAUGUUACUGAGGAAAGCAGUGGAAUUGUCUCGAGGACAGGCUACCGAUAUCAGUGGAGGACUAUUGGCUGAGAAAAUGAACGAGUAUGCAAGUCUCCUUGCAGCUCAGGGAAGCUUAGACACAGCUGUCAGAUAUUUAGGAAACUCUACAGAUACAAAUCUCAUGAUCAUGAAAGACAGAUUGUAUAAUGCUCUGGGAGUUCAGGGAUCACCGUGUCCAUUCCAGAAGAUAAAUGUAUUACCAGCAGGUGCUCCUCAGCCCCAGCAGAGGACCACUCAGGCUCAGAGACCGACUGGUCAGGUAGGGACUCAUCAGACUCAGGCCAAGGGCUCAUUUGGAACUGUGACCACACCCAGUAGUUCUUACAACAAUCCAAUGAGUUAUACAGCUCCGUACACACACAUGAAUGGGGUGACAUCACAACCCUCGUACUAUAAUCCAACAGCAAAUGUUGCUCCUAAGACACCUCCAUCAAGCACAGGUGCCAUGUCUAAAGGUGCUCUGUCACAUAAAUACCCCUCACACCCAGCCACAACAUCAGCUUAUGACCCCUACACACAAGGAGGUUACCAGCCCAACAAUCAGCCAUAUAAUCCAGUUCCAGCAUAUGAUCCAUCUUACUACAGUGGAAUGGGAGCAUCUAACCAGCCAUCAAACCAGCCAACAAAUAUGUAUCAGCCUUUUCAUAAUCCAGCAGGCUCGGCUUCAAUGGCUCCACCACCUGUGAGUGACAACCACAAUGUCCACUCCUUCAUGAAUAACCCUCCCCCCUCAGCCUGGAAUGACCCUCCCCCUCUGAAAGAAAAGAAACCAAAGAAUCCACCAACACAGUAUGAUGGAACUGCAAUAACAAGUCCAUUGUAUGGGACUUUAGUACCUCAAGACCCAAAUCAGGCAGGAGGGGCUACAAAUUAUAGCCUGUACAACCCCCAGGAGCACCAGGCAGAAAUACAGCCUGCCCAACCCCCAAGGACAUUACAAAAUGCCUCUGCUCCCCCUGGUUCUCAACAGAAGGCAGCAGCUUCUGUAGCUCCUCCAGAGCCCCCUAAACCUGUGGAGAAAGGACCAAUCCCCUCUGAACACCAAGUCUUACAAGAUAUUUUCAACAGCUUAGUACACAACUGUUCAAAUGUGGCCUCAAAUGCUCAAAUGAAGAGAAAAUUAGAUGACGUUUCGAAAAAGUUGGAACUUCUCUAUGACAGAUUGCGAGACCAUAGUCUGUCCCAGUCUGUGAUAUUGGGUCUACAUCAGAUAGUCCAGGCCAUACAACAGUACGAUUACAACACAGCUCUACAAAUCUACACACAGAUGAUUAGUCAGGGCAACUUCUCAGAAAUCAGCAGCUUCAUGCCGGGACUCAAAAUGUUGAUACAGUCAGCAAUGCAAAUGAAUGUAUAUGUGCAAGCACACUAGUCUUAGAUUAGUUUAGGAUUUUACAGUAUUUAUAUCAUGAAACGAUGAGCUGCCAAAUUUUAGGGUGUUGUAUAAGAACAUUAAUAUGAUACCUCACAGAUAAUGUGAUAUGUGGGUAUUAACUCUUGGAAAUAACUCAGAGGAAUUUCAUAAGUUAUAAGAUACAAUUUUACCAAAAAGAAUGUUAUCCACAUGAGUGAAAUUCUUGUGGAUUAAAGGAAUGACUUUUACUUCAUAUUUAUUCAUGUGAUGUAGACAAGAUAAUAACAUAUUAUCACUAUACCUGUAUAUGUAAAACCUCAGAGCUGGUCCCUGGCAGCCCAGAAUAAGAUUCAUAAUGCUGUAUAUUAUUUCUCUUCAUGUAGAUAGGGCCUUAUUUUAUUUCAAAAGGAUGUGAGAGCAUAUUUUUCUAGUCAUUCUUCAUGAAAGCAUCUAACAUAAAAUGCCUAGAUACAUUAUUGAGAUUACUGUAGAAAUUUUUGUGAAAUUUUUAUUGGAAUGAAUUAAAUGCACUCUAUAGUUAAUGCUUCAAAUGCAGAUUCUGUUAAAAUUCAUUUGAAAUUACAUGUACUUGGAAACAAGUAUUGGUUGUCCAUUAUGUAGGUUUUCUCUGUUACAAGCACAGUGUUCAGAACAUUUGAAAUCAAUUUUAAUCUACAAAUAUUGUGUAAUGAAUAUUUAGAAUAUGGUUAACAUGCUGUAUACAUGUAUUUGUACUGAACAUGACUGUUAAUGUGAUUGACUGAUGUACAAGUAAUUAUAAAAAGAAAAACUAAGCAA